AUGAUAAACGCAACGUCAGCUCAUCCUAUUGGCAUGAAAAAGGCAAUUAUGCGAAAUAUGGUCAAAACAGCAACAGCAUUGUGCAAAGGUGAAAGAGAACGUGCGGAAACACUAGAACUAGCCAUAGGUAUAGCUAGUUUAAGCGGUUACACGAGAUCGAAAUCUAACACUCAAUCUCGAGCUACAAACAAGACGAUGAGGAUCCCACGUGAAGACAGAAUUCCUCUGUGCAUACCCUUCGUUUCUGACUACUUAAUGUGCUGCUAUACACUGGACACUACAGCUUUGCGAGACGAUGUUGUAUUGGUGAACAUCUCGAAUGACAGCACCAAGCGACAGCUAGUUCGCAAUAGAUUCUACGAUAGGCAAUGUAUGUCAGAGUGCUGCGCUGUUUGUCCAUUCGCUAAGACUGGAGAUUGCACGAAAGUCGUAGUUAUCUACCAAAUAGAAUGUCAAAGGUGCAACGUCAUUUACGUUGGAGAAACAGGAAGGAUGCUGAACCUGCGUAUCAAACAGCAUUUGGCUGGUAGAAGGCGUGAUAGUUCAGUAACCAUUAGGGCGCCACAAAAAUAA